AUGCCUCGUGAUCCGUUAAUCGGCCUCGUUGGAAAACCCUCGUCUGGGAAGUCCACUACUCUAAACAGUUUGACCGAUGCUUCUUCUAAAGUUGGUAAGUCAAUCCUUCUUUCCUUCUUCUUCACAACUAUCGAUCCCCAGCGCGCCAUUGGCUACCUCCAGGUAGACUGCGCGUGCAAACGCUUUAACGUCUCAGAUAAAUGCAGACCGAAUUACGGUGGCUGUCAUGAAGGCCGGAGAUCCGUCCCGAUAGAGCUGCUUGAUGUUGCUGGGCUUGUUCCUGGAGCACAUGAGGGCAAGGGACUCGGGAAUAGAUUUCUGGAUGACUUGCGGCAUGCGGAUGCGUUAAUACACGUGGUUGAUGUUAGCGGGACGACUGAUGCUGAAGUCGGAGAUCGUCAAUUGGAUUUUGGGGAAUCUUAUGGAAAAAUGGUACACCUCCCUAUGACGGCAACGGGGCAUUUCCGAAAACAGACACUUACGAUAGAGCGCCCUGUUGAGACGCUACAAAAUCAGUUUUCUGGUUACGGAAGCACAUCGAAGAUCGUCGCGCGAUGUCUUGACCGAUUAGAUAUAAAAGAGCCUCUUCAAGAAUGGUCGGAUGAAACUGUGGAACGUGUUGUCGUCGCCUUCAUAGAUGAAAAAUUCCCCACGGUGCUCGCGCUAAAUAAAAUUGACCACCCUGAUGCGGACAAGAAUAUAAGUAAAAUCGCCAAGGUUCAAGAUCCGCAAUCGAUCGUCCUGUGCUCUGCCAUAUCAGAAGUCUUCCUUCGAAAGCUAGCCAAACAAGGCUAUAUCAAGUAUGUCGAAGGGAGUGAUUUUAUAGAUACGAGAGAAGAUCUAAUAGAUAUGGGCGACCCUGACGGCGGUGGCCUCAAGGAAAUGGAUGAGAAAUUGAAGAAUCGGGUGGAAAAUCUCAAGGAUUUGGUUUUGUACCGGUUCGGAUCAACGGGCGUCGUCCAGGUUCUCACGCGCGCUGCAGAGCUACUUGGGUUGGUGCCGGUUUUCCCAGUCCGCAAUAUCCACACAUUUGCGUCCGGAACCGGAACGGUCAAUGGAGUGUUCAAGGAUUGCGUGCUUGUCAAUAAGAAUAGCACGGUGGCUGACGUGGCUCGGAAAGUGAUGGGUGAUGCUCCUGUUGCAUAUAUAGAGGGAGCGGGAGGCACAAGGGUCUCAGAGGAUGAGAUAGUUUCUAUUGGGAAGUACGAUGUAAGGACUGAAUUUCUAAGGUCGGCCACUUCUGGCUGCAUUAUCCUAAUUUUGCAGUAGCAUUUCUUUUUAACUCCCAAGCUAACACGCCUUUCCACGAUCCGAAGGUUUUAUCUUUUAAAGUCGGCCGA